AUGUUGCAAUUCACCGGGCUAUUGCUGUUGCUUUCCCUCAUCUCGACCCCUGUAUUUGGCCUUCAAGUUCCCCUUUCUCGGCGAGAGGUGCUACGGCGUCAUCUCCGAGUGCUGCCCCGUUCCGACGAUGACCCAGACCACGAAUACCUGCACGCAUUGGGGGUCAGCGAUUUCAAAGACAUCGCCUACUCAAUCGUUAUGAAUUUCGGUGGGCAAGAUCUUAGCGUCUUGAUCGAUACUGGCUCCGCAGAUUCUUGGUUGUACGAUCCUCAAAACAACAUACAAACCGUCAACACAACUACCGUAAACGGCACAAUUACAUAUGUCAAAGGAUCUAUCGCAGGUCCCAUUUACUUUGCCACGGCAGAACUAGCCGGGCUAUCUAUUCCAUCUCAAGCGUACAUUCAUACUACGGAAUUGACCGAUACGCCAUUUUCUGGGCUUGGGAUCUCAGGUCUUUUGGGCCUGUCCUUUGGGCCAGGAGUUCGGUCGCUGGAGGCUCAGCUACAGUUCGGCCUCGGUAAUUCUUCGAUCCUCAGAGCCCCACCGGUGGUCCCAAAUAUUCUCCAACUAUAUCCGAGCUUACCUAGCUUCUUCACCAUUUACUUGGGACGGAACGACGAUCCCAAUGCCCCCGCGGAUGGAGCAGGUGCAUUCACUCUGGGUGAAUACGUACAUGGCCUUGAAUCUGUCGCCGACGCUGUGAAGAUUCCGACUACCGCCAUACUCGAUACGGGGUUCUCACUCCCUCAGAUGCCACCACAUGUCGUGGAUGCUAUGUAUAGCAGCAUCCCGGGAGCUGUGCUCGUCGAAGACAUAGCAACUUUUCAGGCCGCGGGUGUGUCCUGGCUCCUUCCAUGCAAUGCAACCCCCUCUAUCUCCUUCAAAAUCGGUGGCGCCGACUUCCCAAUCCAUCCCGCAGAUCUGGUCCGACCGCUACGCUUUAACGGGGUUGGAAUCGCAUUGUGCCAUAAUUCAUUCGAAAAGUCGGUAACCGUGCGAGAGAAAUUGGGCAGCGAUAUAGUCUUGGGAGAUGCAUUUCUGAGGAACGCCUACGUGACCCUAGGGUUCAACUACGGCGAACGUAAUGAUUCCGGGCAGUUCGAUCAACCGUUCGUGCAGCUUCUACCCCUCACGAAUCUCGAGCAAGCUAGCCUGGAUCUUCCAGCGAUCCGUGCAAAGCAACUCGAAGGGCUAACAGAGGUGUCUCCAGCAGAUGCCAGGUCGCCAACGCUGCCACCCAAGAACAGCACCAAAGCAAACGCUAGUAAUGACUCGAAAAUCCCAGCUGACGAUGAGAAACCGCCAGUAUCGGGCCUGUUGGCAUCUUCCAACGACAGCGAUGCGGAUGAUACGACGACAACACGACUACUCAACAGGUAUACACCUGUGAUCAUCGGUCUCCUCGCUGCAAACUUGCUUGCACUUUUGAUACUAUGCGGUCUCGGCGCGUACAUGUGUAUCGUCAGAAACGGAAAAAGCACGGCGACGAAGGCAAUAAUGCCCACGACUUACCAACCCGUGAAGUCGAAGGAGGAUGGAAAUCCAACAGAAUUUGUUUACCCCAGUCUCUACGAUCCCCCUUCUACGUAG